GAAAAAAUGAAUGAUUAAAUCAGAUCCAUUGAAUUGUCACUUCUAAAAUAGAGUCAAAAUUUCGCAUUAAAUCAAUCAAUUCAACCUAAAUGCAAAUCUUAAGAGUAUUUUAUAAGAAAAUUGUUUAAAUAAAUAACAUAAUUUCACAAACUACAUAUUUCAGCGAAGCAAAAAAUUUAGUAUAUUUGA